CAGCCGAAGGCAGAGCCCCCGCGGUCAGGAAGAGCCGGAAAAGGCCGAGCGGAGCCCGAGGCCGGAAGGGGCAGCUCGCCCGCCCCGAGCGGUCGUGGGAGCUCUGGCCGGAGGGGCGGGCUGGCAACGCGGACGCGGGGAGGAUUACUGCGUGCUUUUGGCAGGUUUUUUGUUUGUUUGUUGUUGUUGUUGUUGUUUUAAGUCCAGGGCUGUGAGGACAAACAAAACCUGGAGAAGAUUCAGGAAGACCCGGCCGGAAAUCGUAGUAUCCAUAGAGACGUUAUCGGAAGUCGGGGUUGCUAGGAGGCCAGGGCGCGUUGGCUAAUCUGCGCCAUGGCUCAAGUCCCAGAAGAUUAUGAUUCUGGACCCGGUGAAGAUGAAGACCUGGAGACUGAGAUACCAGCAAAACCUAAGCCUCCUAAAACGGAUGAAGAUGCCGAACCAGUCAUCCCGGCAGAGACACACCCAAAGCCACUUGGAGAGAUUCACCAAGAGCCGCAGCCAGAGGCGGAAGAAGAGAAUUUGAAAGACCAGACGCCAGAAAGUGCUGAGGAUGUACACCCACAACGAAAACCAGCUAGGAUAGGAGAGGAAGAGAUUCGCAAGGAGUCAGAGAUAGAUCUUUCAAAGGAGACUGCGGUAGGGAUUUCCCAAGAGGUAAUAUUGGAGACAUCCAGAGAGAUGAGAAGAGAGCUUUUCAAGGAUUUAGAGGUCCCUAUGGAUGAAAAACAGGAGGAGCCAGACCUAAAGCCACCAGAGGAGACCAAACCAGAAGUUACAGAAGGUGUAUUCAAAGAGCCAGCUCAAGAAACAAAUCUAGAGCUCCCAAAGGAAACCGAGUCUGAGGUUCCAAGAGCCACAAUCAAUGAGACAAGAUUAGAUUUACUAGAGGAGACCAAAGUAGGGGUUCCAGAGGAAUUGCUUAAGGAGCAAAAUGAAGAACCUUCAGAACAAAUCAAACCUGAAUUUCCAAGUAAGAAACCAAGAAAAGUAAUUGAAGAUAGAGAUCUACGGUCACCAGAGAUGACCGCUCCAGAAUUUCCAGAAGAGACACAAAGAAAAUUAUCUGAGGAGAAAAGCACAGAGCCAUCUGAGCUGACCAAACUGGAGUUUACAGGAGAGAAACCAACAGAGUCUACUGAGGAGGCAGGUCUGGAGCCUCCAGGAGAGGCCAAACCAGAGGUUCCAGAGGAGAAAGAGAUAGAGCCAUCUGAGCCAACUACACUAGAGUUUCCAAGGGAGAAACCAAGAAAGUCUGGUGAGGAGGCAGGUCUAGAACUUCCACAAGAGACUAAGACAGAGGUUGUAGAGGAUAUAGGAAGAAAACCACCUGAGGAAAAAGGGACAGAGCAGACUAAACCAGAGUUUCCAGGCGAGAAAUCAAUUGAGUCUACUAAGGAGACACAAAAAAAGUUAAUUGAGGGGGAGGUUCCAGAGCCACCAAAAGAGAUAAAAUCAGAGUUUCCUGAGGAAACAUCAAGAACACUAAUUGAGAAAACAGGUCUAGAGUCAACAGAAAAGACCAAACCAGAAAUUCAAGAGAGGACAAGAAGGAAUUCAACUAUGGAGAAAGUUCUAAAAUCACCAGAAGAUACUGAACCAACAGUUAUAAAAAAUAAGCAAAGAAAAUCAAUUGAGACAGGACUAGCACCACCUAGGAAGUCCGAAUCAGAUGAUAUACUGAGAGAGUCAACUGAAAAGGAAGGUCUAGAGCCUCCAGAACAGUCUUCAUCAUGGAUUCUAGAAGAACCAGGGACCCAAAGUAAAUCAAGUCCUCAGUUGUCACUAAAAAUAAGUCCUCAUUUGUCACUAAAAAUGAGCAAAUCAGAGAUUCAAAAGAAGACACAAAAAGAGCCAACUAAGGAUAAAGAUGUAGAGUUGCCAGAUAAAGCAAAACCACUAUUUGGACGAGAGACACAUGAAAAAUUAAACAAGGAAGAUAGGCUAGAACAAAUCAAAUUUAAGCAUUUUGUAGAUGAAGACAAGCUGUUGGAUCCCCACUAUAAAAUAAAGUCAUUAGUAAAGGGAACUAAAAGAAUUACUAAACAGCUAGGCUCUUUCAUAGUAACAGAAGUAGAGACAAUAAAUAUAGAUGAUGAUUUUUCAAAAGAACACCCAAUACAGUAUGAGCAUACUGAUACCAGUAAGGAUUUAGAUGAGUCCGAGUUUCUGAGGCAUUUAAGAGAGUCAUGGAGUGAAAAAGCUGUAGAUUUGCCCCCAGAGUUAGAGGAUGAUUUGCCCCCAGAGUUGGCCGAGAAAAAUGAAAGGCCUGAGCUACAAUUUGAACAUCUUAACUGGAGCCCAGAAAAAGUUGCAGAGUGGAUUAGCGAGUUAGGCUUCCCUCAAUACAAGGAGUGUUUUACCACAAACUUCAUCAGUGGCCGAAAACUCAUCCAUGUAAACUGCUCAAACCUCCCUCAGAUAGGGAUAACAGAUUUUGAAGACAUGAAGGUAAUUUCUCGGCACACACGGGAACUACUGGGAUUUGAAGAACCAUUAUUUCAACGCUCCAUCCGUCUUCCCUAUAGGGACAAUAUUGGCUUAUUUUUAGAACAAAAAGGUCAUUCUGGGGAAAAAUCUGAUUCCUUGACCUAUUCUGAAUUUGUGCAAACAGCAGGAUUACAAGAUUAUGAGCCACAAAUAACCGCCCCUGAGGAGUAUUAGGCAUUCUAUUACACUGAGCCCCAGAGAAAAGCCAUUCCACUUAGCUUGAAAGAUCAAACUAAAUUACUUGGUGGAAGAAGUGUGGUCUUUUUGGGUUUUCUUUUUCUCCUCCUCAUUAAGGAUCAGAGUAGAACUCCUGGCACUAUUCCUAGUUCUGUCACCAACUCGCAGCACAUUCCUGUAUUUCUGUUUCAAUUUAGCAUGUCGUUAAAACAAAGAUAGUGGCCUGGCCCAGUAGGUCAGUUGGUUAAACUCAAGCAUAGCCCCAAUACACCAGGGUUAUCAGUUUGUUUCCCAGCCAGGGUUCAUACAAGAAUCAAUCAAUGAAUGCCUAAACAAAUUCAUGUCCUUCUGCACCUCCCCCAUCCCCUUCCUCUCUCUAAUAAAUAAAUAAAUAAAAUAAAAAUCAAUU